AACGGUGACAAGUAACAACUGUUAACACUAACAGCAGUUCGUGUCGCGACUUUUAUAUGACUGAUAAAUUUGGUCGAACACUUCCAAGGAUGUUGUUUCUGCAGUGUGUAACAUUUGCUGCAAACUGGGAGUAGUAUCUCAUAUUCAGGAAGGAGGAAUACCUGAUUCCCUGUUCAGUGAUGCCUGGAUGCAGUUGAAGCAGGGAUUGAGAUUUACUGGCAACUGUAAGGAACUCUUCUAAUGGAUGACCUUAUCAAAGGAACAACUGUCUCGAGGCAAACAGUAGCACCGGGAACAGCUCUCUGUGGAAUAGAUAAUCUUCCAGACGAGGUUCUCAUCGAAAUAUUCUCCUACUUGCGGCUGUGUGACUUGACGUGGUGUUCGCACACGUGCAGCAGGUGGCGUGCCAUUCUACGGGAGGAGAAGUCGCUGUGGAGGCGCUGGCAGUGUGCGACGUACGACGUGGGGAACGUGAGGGAAGUGCUAGCUACGGCGGGUGCGGUGCCGCAGCUGGAAACGCUCUACCUCCUCUACUCCGGCUCGUUCGGGAUCCACGUCGCCUGGCCGGAGGCCACCGUCUUCCACCACUACGGCGACGCCCCCCUGACGUGGGAGCCGUACUUCCGGUGUUUUGAUACCGAGUGCCUCGUGAUAGACCACUCGAUGCAGAAAAACAUUUUUUUCUACUUGUCGUGGGUCGACCGCCUCACGUUGAGGAGGAUAUUCGUCGUAGAACAGUCGUAUUUUUGUAACCCGUCCGAAAGUACGUGUGAAUCCGCCGGGCCGGUUCGCGAAGCUGCUAGUGCGGACGGUCCCGUACGGAGGGUCAGAGACAUACACCGUGACCUCUUCUCCGGGAAGGGUCGCCGCCGCGGCAGUGCCUCGGAGGUCCCCGCUGCGACGUCCGGAGCGGACGCUGCCGUGUGCCCGGCGUUGGAGGAAGUGAAUGUGUUCAGCAAGUACAUCUGGGACGAACACCUCGAGAGACUUUGCAGUCUGGGCCCAGUGCGCACCUUGCACGUCCGGUGCCAGCGGCUCCGCAGCCUGACUUUCGUGCGGGGCUGCAGCGCGACGCUGGAGGAGCUGGAAGUCUCGGACUGCCGACGCCUCUUGGAGGACGCGUUCGCAGAUCUACGCUAUCUGGAGAGGUUGCGCGUGCUGCGGCUGUCGGACUGCCACGUCGAGGCGCAGACUGUCGGCAGUUGUGUGGCCGGCCUUCCCCACUUGGAGUCCUGUACGAUAAAUGGGUGUGAAGUCCUUCAGGAUCUCUCCUCGUAGGAUCCUUGUGCUGUGGCCUGUGUCCGCAGAUGUAGUGGUGUGUCCUGUAUCCUUACUUUAAGACACUGACUUGUUGAAAUUUUCUUGUGAUAACAUAUCAUUAUUUCGAGUCAAUAAAUAUGAUGUGUUGGAAGAAGGGGAGUGAGAGAGAUGGGCUGAUCUUGUGCAAUAUAUUAUACAAUUUUUUAUUUGACAUUAAAUAUUGUAAAAUUAUGUAUAUAUUUACUAUGACUGUUCUAAAACUAAAGAACAUUUUGAUACGAUGAGCCGAGUAAGUCUUCCACCGCCUCUGCUACCAUUCCCUAGACCUUCCUAACUGUUAUGAUAAAUCAACAAACCCAACAAGUCUGGAGUCACAUGUGAUUAGCCUGCCCUGGUCUUCAGGAUACAGUUUCAAUCUCUAUAAAGUAUAUCCACAUCUGAGAAACAAUAGAACGAUUCACAUUAAGCUAUCGGGCCACAUCAGUUUGCGACUGUUUUGCUUCCUUUCUUUCUGUGGCCCUCCACCUCAGAGAUCCUCGUAGGCAUCAUCUCUGUGCCGUACUGCACUGUCUGUGACUGUGUACGUAGUGCUUGUGGACGUGGGGCUACCUGGCAAACACUAUCUCGUUUCGUAGGUGCCCUGACAACAUUGGCGUGGUUGUGCAUUGGCCAGAAUGUCUUCAGUGCAGUACAUGAAUGUACGGACAUCUGAUUGGCAGUUUGUACGAUUACGUCACGAAUUAGACACAGGAUGGGGAAACAGCGGUUUGUUGCUUUAAUUUUGGGCACCAGAGGAAGAUACUAAUGCAAUCUAUUCUUGAGUAUUGCUCGAGUGUUUGAGAUUCCUACCAUGUUAGACUGAAGGAAGACAUCAAAGCAAUUAAGAGGUGGGCUGCUAGAUUUAUUACUGGUAGGUUUGAACAACAUGCAACUGUUACGGAGAUGCUUUGGGAACUCCACUGGGAAUCCCUGAAGGGAAGACAACAUUCAUUUCAAGAAACACUACUGAGAAGAUUUAGAGAGUUGGUAUUUGAAGCUGACUGCAGAAUGAUUCUGUUGCCUCCAUUAUAUAUUGCACAUAAAGAUCCCAAAGAUAAAAUACAAGAAAUUAGAGCUCAUACGGAGACAUAUAGGCAGUCAUUUUUCCCUUAUUCUAUUUCUGAGUGGAACAGGGAAGGAAAUGAUGAGUAGUGGCACAGGGUACCCUCCGCUAUGCAGAGUAUCAAUGUAGAUGUAGAUAACAAGGUGGCUAGAAAUGUGUCCAUGCAGUGGAGAAAGUGGAUUUGAAAAUGUUAUUGGAAAUGUGAAAACAUGAAAGCAAUGCAGAAAUGAUGGCACAUCACAUGUAACAAUAACAAAAUUACGCAUAAUCUUGAAGAAGGGAUGAUGUGGAAGGAAAAAAUUGGUAGUGGAUGAAGUAGGAGUGGAUGCAGUGGUACAAGCUUUCACAAGAUUUCCAAAGAAGGCUAUACGGCAAGCUGUGUGUGAAUCAGGUGUAAGCAAAUCAAGUGUUGCUGCAUUUCAACCCACUGACAUACUAAUAUUUUUCCCCACAGUACCUAAUAUUUACCAUUCAAAUGUACGAAAAUCAGCAGUUUUGUCUUAUACAUUUUUCUCAAAUUGUAUAGUUUUUUUGAUAGAAAUUCUUUAUAAAAUCUAUCGUUACUAUUUAUUGAAGUAUUGAGGAGUGAAGAUAUACUGUUUUAGAAAUUUUUGUUCAUGUGGUAUACCCGAAGAAAUACAGGCAUUGUAGUGAUUCGAGAAUUUCUGUGUUAAUUCUAGAACCACUCAGCCUUCUACCAUCUCAAACACACAAUAUUCUGGAUAUGAGCAUGGGAUGGCAGAAUCCUACCUACUGAGACUUAUUUUCUGAUUUAUGUUAAGAAAUGUUAUGGUAUCAAAGCUAACUUUCUUUUUAACUGUAAUGCAAUUUGUUUCUGACAUUCAGCUGUAUGAGAGACUCACCGGAAGUUAUAUAUUUAUGUUGAAAGUGAGGUUUUAUUGUCUGUGAAAAUCAAAUACAUUGUUAAUUGAUGAAAAGCAAA